AUGUCUCAAAAUCAGUUCAGAAUUGUUGUGGGAUCAUAUGAGCACAACCUCUUGUGUCUAUCCUUGAAUUUAUCCCUUCCCUCGCCGCUUUUUACUCCAAUUUUUCAUUUCCAGGCACACUCUCUGAGCGUUAAAUGCCUAGACAUCUCGAAAAGAUACCUUGUGUCUGGCUCAAACGAUGAGCACAUUAGGAUUUAUGAUCUUCAGAAGAGAAAAGAGUUAGGAACACUGCUUAGCCACCAGGGCUCUAUCACCUCCUUGAAGUUUUCGAGAGGUGCUGCUAUCCCCAAUCAGGACGGUGACGACUCUGAGAAGCCAGUCACUCACGGCAACAGUAAGUGGCUCCUUUCUGCUUCAGAGGAUCACAACCUUGUCGUCUGGAGGGUUAAAGACUGGGAAAAUUUUGGUACUCUGAAAGGCCACUCGGCCAGGAUCAAUGAUUUUGACAUUCAUCCAUCAAACAGAAUUGCCAUUAGCGUAAGCGAGGACCAUUCAAUUAGACUAUGGAAUUUGAUGACUGUGAAAAAGGCUGGCAUCUUGAAGCUGAAAAAAUACAACCAAAACGGCCAGUUUGUAAGGUGGUGCGGAGACAAUGGAGAGUUUUUUGCCGUAGCUUUGUUGAACAAGGUUUUAAUUUACAAGACUUCAACAGCUAAGGUUCACCGCGAGAUCGAUGUUGGGAGAUCGACCAUAAUGCAUCUCGAGGUUGAGAAAAUCAACGACAAACAAUAUAUUGUUGUGGCUCUUGGUAAUGGCUCAGUGUCCAUGUAUCAGGGCGAACAGUUGUUUAAAGAUGAUGCGGAUGAAGCUGAGGAGGCUGAGAAGACCGGCGACGCUGAAGAGACGCCUAUAACCCCAGAGUACACCCUACAGGGCCACGCCACCCGUGUCAAAGACUUCAAAUUUUACAGAAACGAGUUUGGCCACUACCUAGUAACAAUAAGUUCUGAUGGUAAAAUUGUCGUUUGGGAUAUGUCCAAUAGAGAGCAAGUUGCAGUUUAUGAUUGCGGAGAGAGGCUGAACUGUUUAGCCAUAUGUGACGAAAGUGUCGAGAGGUACGAGAUGAUGAAGAAGAGAGUUGCCGAGGAGGCCGACCUCGGAGAGCAAAGCGAGGUCGAAGAGGACACGGAAGACUUGAAAAGCAUAAUGUUGGGUACCAACAAAAAGAAGAGCAAGAAGAGCCGUUCUAAAAAGAACAAGAAAGUCAAAGUCCAACUUGAGUAA